GUUUCCGGCGUGGGUCUCGGUGAGCACGGGUCGGUGCUGGGCUUAGGUCCUGUCUCCUUGGUUUGCAGGUUUGAACUCGUGGCCGUACAGGUGAGGUAGUAGGUUCAGAAUCGCAGCCGCCGCCUCCUUAGAGCCUGCGCAGAUUUCAGUGCCUGGGGAGACUGGGCCGGAUGCUAGACCUGGAGCUGCGAUCUGGAUCGGAGAUAAUUCUGCCUCAGAGUUCCUUUCUAGUUUACUAAUUUCUUUCUUUCCCUCCGACCAUCCCGGUUAGUCCCCAGAACAGCACUUUGUGUGGGGAACGGUAAGCGCCUACAGUUGACAGCGGAGGAGAAGGUUUAGAGGAGCUAAGUGAUUUGUUUAAAAGACACUGUUAGUGGUCGCUGAGCUGUUUCCUUGAUGCUGUUUACUUCUGAGUGCCAACUCGGUGUUCCCUGCUCUGCCUCCAGAUGGCUGACUCCCUUUUUUGUUGACCCCAGGUUAGGGACUUGGCAUCUGUAGCUUUUUCAAGUCUAGAGUACCCGAAAGAGUGACAGUGAUGAAGGGAGCAACAAAGGUGCUGUAAUCAAGUCUGUCAGUAUAUAGGUAUCUUUUUUUUCCGCCGACGUCUGAGCCAGUUAUUCACUCGGUGUUUUUACAGAGGUGCCUUUUGGUUGUCAAGCUCUAUUUUAGGUACUGGAGUUACAGCAGCAAACCAAAAUGCCCAACCCUUACCUUCUAGUGUGGGUGGACAGACAAUAAUCAGAUGUAUAGUGGGACAGGUGGUGAUGAGAGAUAAGGGGGAAGAAUAAAGCAAAGUAAGGAGAAACAUCCUCUGGAGCAUUUUCAACCGAGUCCUAACUUCUGUUUAGAUCUGAUAUUGGUGUUCCAGACAAAGCAGCCACACAGGAAAGAUGGGAGAGGAGGCCAAUGAUGACAAGAAGCCAACAACUAAAUUUGAACUGGAGCGGGAGACAGAGCUUCGCUUUGAGGUGGAGGCGUCGCAGUCAGUUCAGUUGGAGCUGCUGGCUGGCAUGGCGGAAAUCUUCGGCACAGAGCUGACCCGAAACAAGAAGUUCACCUUUGAUGCCGGCGCCAAGGUGGCUGUCUUCACUUGGCACGGCUGUUCGCUGCAGCUCAGUGGCCGCACCGAGGUGGCUUACGUCUCCAAGGACACCCCGAUGUUGCUUUAUCUCAACACGCAUACGGCCUUGGAGCAGAUGAGGAGGCAGGCAGAGAAGGAGGAGGAGCGAGGCCCCCGGGUGAUGGUGGUGGGCCCCACUGACGUGGGCAAGUCCACCGUGUGCCGUCUGUUGCUCAACUACGCGGUGCGUUUGGGCCGACGUCCUACGUACGUGGAGUUGGAUGUGGGCCAGGGCUCUGUGUCCAUCCCCGGCACCAUGGGGGCCCUCUACAUUGAGCGGCCGGCGGACGUGGAGGAGGGCUUCUCCAUCCAGGCCCCGCUGGUGUACCACUUCGGCUCCACCACGCCCGGCACCAACAUCAAGCUUUAUAAUAAGAUUACAUCUCGUUUAGCCGAUGUGUUCAACCAGAGGUGUGAAGUGAACCGCAGGGCCUCGGUGAGCGGCUGUGUCAUUAACACCUGUGGCUGGGUCAAGGGCUCUGGUUACCAGGCGCUGGUCCACGCAGCCUCAGCCUUUGAGGUGGAUGUAGUCGUGGUUCUGGAUCAAGAACGGCUGUACAAUGAGCUGAAGCGGGACCUGCCUCACUUCGUCCGCACCGUGCUGCUCCCCAAGUCGGGGGGUGUGGUGGAGCGCUCCAAGGACUUCCGGCGGGAGUGCCGGGAUGAGCGCAUCCGUGAGUAUUUCUAUGGAUUCCGGGGCUGUUUCUAUCCCCAUGCCUUCAACGUCAAAUUUUCCGACGUGAAAAUCUACAAAGUCGGGGCACCCACCAUCCCAGACUCCUGCCUGCCUCUGGGCAUGUCUCAGGAAGACAAUCAGCUCAAGCUCGUGCCUGUCACCCCCGGCCGAGAUAUGGUGCACCACCUGCUGAGCGUCAGCACCGCGGAGGGCACGGAGGAGAACCUCUCCGAGACCAGCGUGGCCGGCUUCAUCGUGGUGACCAGUGUGGACCUGGAGCACCAGGUGUUCACUGUUCUCUCUCCGGCCCCCCGCCCGCUGCCCAAGAACUUCCUGCUCAUCAUGGAUAUCCGGUUCAUGGAUCUUAAGUAGACAUCAGCAGGCAGCCUUGCUGCCUGGGGCCUGGCGGCCUUCUGGCCAUCACCAAGGGCAGCCGGGCUGAGGUAUGAGACCCUCUUGCGGCCAGGCUGCUCAGUAAAUGGUGGACUACCAGAAAGCAUAUGUUCUACCUCUUAAAAACAGGUGGUGAUCCCCUAACUCUUCCAAUUGUGAACCAAAAGUUUCUUAGGUCACCUAAGGUGCCACUUGGAAUGAUCUCAGUUCCAGAGAAGUCCCCUUUCUUUCACUGUGCUACUACGUGGACUCAUUUAUUACCAUUUUAUACUCUGCAUAUACUACUUGUUAUCUCGUUUGGGAUGAAAGAGUGAAUUCGAAGGACUCCUCCCAAUAAAGUUCAUACUUGGGGAAAAAAAACUAUUUUAAUAAAUAUUUUUGGAUAUCA